AUGUUCGAAGAGUGUGGUACUGAUACUUCGAAACUUGCCGCUGGUCUUUCACGCUUAAAUAUCGAAGAAAAAAAGGAACCUCUCCUUGUUGAUAAGGAAACAGGAAUUACAUUUCGCCAAUACCAGUCCGAAAUCGAUCUCGAUAAAAUCGUGUCCUUAAUUACCAAAACUCUUUCAGAACCCUAUUCCUUAUAUACCUAUCGAUAUUUCAUUUACAAUUGGCCCGAUCUUUGUCUAUUGGCGAUAGAUGAACAUGGAACCACCGUAGGAACCAUCGUUUGUAAAUUAGAUUAUCAUGUUGGCGUCAAGCGUGGGUACAUUGCAAUGUUGGCAGUUGAAAAGGAAUGCCGAAGGAAAGGCAUCGGGUCAAAGUUGGUUCAACUUGCGCUCGACAUUAUGAUUGAACAGAAUGCUCAGGAGGUUGUUCUUGAAGCAGAAGUUGAUAAUAAGCCAGCGUUAGGUUUAUAUGAGCAGCUUGGGUUUUGUCGGGAUAAAUAUCUAUUCAGAUAUUACCUCACUGGAAAAGACGCUUUCCGAUUAAAACUUUGGGUCGAGCCCCAGCUGCUCACUCCUGAAUCUCCCUAA